GAACAUGCAUCCAGUUUCAUGUUUAAAUGCGUGCGUGAAGGUUGGAUUAUUUCGAGAGUGCAAAAGGAGCCCUAGUCCCCAAAACGAAACGAAACGAAACAAGCCACUAAGCGCAGAAGAAGUGGGUCAAAAUUAUUUGAGAACUAAACAAAACAACGCACCGCACCAGCCAGCAAACAUGACCGUUGUUCAAAUCACAACACACACACGCACACGUUCAAAAUAGAGAGGAGAAGAGGAACGAACGCCGCCGAGUUUUUAACAACAUUGAUCAAAAAAACUACCAUAGAUGAUGAGCAAGCGCAGCAAUAACAAGAACAGCAAUAACAACAACAACAACAACACAACACUAGCGCAGCAGCGACAAAAACAACAGAGCAAGAAGCAACACUCAUACACAACACACACAUACAAACAUACUGCACACACUCACACACACAUUUACAGAAACGAGGAGGCAUGAUUAUUAUGUUGUGUUUUUAGUCGAAUGUAUCUUUUAGUCGGGAAAAGGAAUACACGAAUGUCGGAGUCGCAACGGGCCACAAACGAAUUACGCAUGAAGAGAUCUCUCCUCGGUCUUGCCUUCUUGGUACACAACACAAGAAUCUCGCAUUUUCGAAACGCACCAAAUAAAUAAAACAUAAAAAUAAUAAAGAAAAACAGCCAAAACGAAAAUCAUCAUCAACUCAACUCGUAAAUCAAUAAAUUUUGUAUUCACAAAAAUAAUCAAACAAUACGAGAAGAACAAACAACUAAAACUAAAUUCGUAAAAUCCAUGAAUGAAUAUGUAUGUGUGUGAUUGUGUAUAUUUACAAGAAACUAUAUAAACUUUAAAAGAUAAACAAUAAAAAAAAAUACAAGCAAGAACGGAAUCGACAACGAUAUUUUCAGCAAAAGCCAACGCCACUUUAAACAUCAUUUCAUUGAAAGUGUGCAGUUGCGAGCGGCUUGCAUGAGGCUGCUAAAAAAGCUUGAAAGUGUCUCAUUGACUGCCAAAGGCAACAACGCCGCAAACGAAGUUGCUGCAACAAACGUGAUCUCAACAAUCUUCUUAUGAUGGAACUCUUGUCAAACAAUUCGGUUCCGCAACAAAUGGCCAGCAGCAAUGCGCCCAGCGCCUCCAAUGUUGCAGCGGUGAAUGCUGCAUCCAAUGUGGUCGGUGUCGGUGUCGGUGCCAAUGGCAGCGUCAACGUUGGCGUCAUCAAUGGUGGCGGCAGCGGCGGUGGCAGCGGCAGUGGCAGCAUCAGCAGCAAUGCCAGCAACUCAUCCGAACGCCUGCUCGCCGGCAUCCUCGAGUCAUUUCCCUCCUGGGAUCUGAAUGUCGGUCUAAUGCCCAAUGUGGGACAAAAUAAUGGCUCGCCGCCACGCACUGAUUUCUUUAUCAACAAUUUCCUGGGCGGUUUGGAUACACAUGGCGAUUUUAGCAUUGGCCCCAUUGGCAGCGGCUCAUCGCGCAAUCCCAAAAUGUCACCGGAAUCGUCAAACAACUCGAGCAUCAGUUGCGGCUGGUGUGAGGUUAGCGCCUCGAUACGUUGCCUCGAAUGCAACGAGUUCAUGUGCAACGAUUGCCUGCGCGAGCAUCGCAACAGUCCGCUAUCCUCGAACCAUUCAAUUGUCUCACUGCCCACGCCCAUUGGCGCCUCACCCACCGGCGGCAGCUCGGCCAACGCACACACGCCACCGAGCAGCAAUUUCAUCUGUGACAUACACAACGAGAUGCUGCGCUAUGUGUGCGACUAUUGCCGCAAACUCGUCUGCCAAUUCUGCACACUGCACGAACACAAGGAGCACAGCUAUGCGUCCAUACAGAACUUCAUGGUUGGCUCCAAGGAGAAGCUUGAGGGUGCCAUCGAGAGCAGUCAGGUGGGCACACGUUGCAUCAAGAGCAGCAUUGACAAGGCUUUGGCCUUCAUUCGGCUCAUCGAGCGCAACUGCAGCGAACUCAGUGACAACAUACGCAAAGCCUUCCGACAGUUCAUCAUUGCCAUCGAGGAUCGCGAACGCUUUUUACUCGACUUCGUGGAAAAGCUGCGUCAGCGUCGUCUUGCCAUACUGCACGAUCAAAUGGCCGGCUUGAAGUCAGCACUUGCAGGUCUCUCGGAGACCUCGGAUAUGCUCAGCAAGGUGGCGGACAAUGCCUGUAGCAUGGAUCAAAUUGAGAUUGCCAUGAAACUGACAAAUGGCCAGCGACAGAUGGAACAAUUUGCGGGCAUCUAUAAGGAUCUGCAGCCCAAGCAGGAGGUAUUUGCCUUUGCGCCACCCGACUACAGUCUGCUGCAGGAUAUUCGCAAUCAAGGCGGCGUGAUUUUGGUCGAUGACAAGAACAUGCCCAUUGUGUCCAGCAGCAAUGGUAUUGUGGCCAACAAUGUGGUCACCGCACCCACAGCAGCCACCGCCAUCGACAUGGGCUUCACCAUGCCCAGCAUGGCCAGCACGGGACCUUUGACAGUCGCCUCCACAACUGUGCGACGUCCGCUGCUGCGCGACAACAGCUUCCGCAUCCCAUCGCCCAUCAUGCAGCCGCGUGGUGGCAGCGCCUGUGGCAUGUCGAGUGCUGCACUCGACUGGGAGUUGAACGGAUUGCGUAGCUCACCGGGUUUGCACUUCAGUGCGCCACGCACCACUCAAGCCAUUCCCGGUUGCAUGGAUCUGGUCAAGGUGCGCAAUUCCAAUUCGCUGUCGCUGUCGUUUGCUACCGAGGGUCAUGAGGAUGGCCAGGUGAGCCGCCCCUGGGGCCUGUGCGUCGAUAAGAUGGGACAUGUGCUUGUUUCGGAUAGACGCAACAAUCGUGUGCAGGUCUUCAAUCCGGAUGGAUCGCUCAAGUUCAAAUUCGGUCGCAAGGGUGUUGGCAAUGGCGAGUUUGAUUUGCCCGCUGGCAUUUGCGUUGAUGUCGACAAUCGCAUCAUUGUCGUGGACAAGGAUAAUCAUCGUGUGCAGAUCUUCACAGCCAGUGGCGUCUUUCUCCUCAAAUUCGGCAGCUAUGGCAAGGAGUAUGGACAGUUCCAAUAUCCCUGGGAUGUGGCUGUCAAUUCGCGUCGUCAGAUUGUUGUCACCGAUUCGCGCAAUCAUCGCAUACAGCAAUUCGAUUCCGAGGGACGCUUCAUACGCCAGAUUGUGUUCGACAACCAUGGCCAGACGAAGGGCAUUGCAUCGCCACGAGGCGUCUGCUAUACACCGACGGGCAACAUCAUUGUAUCCGACUUUGACAACCACUGCUUGUAUCUGAUUGAUCCCGAUAUCAAUGAUAUUCUGUCUGUCAAGGGCCAUGAGGGAUCUGGUUUCCAUGAGUUCAAUCGCCCCUCGGGUCUGUGCUGCGAUGACGAGGGCCGCAUUAUAGUCGCCGAUUCAAAGAAUCAACGCAUACUCGUCUUUAAUCAGAAUCUCGACUUUAUGUGGGAUAUCGAAGUACGUCCAUCCAUCAAUCCGCUAAUGCCGCCAACGUUGGAUGAAAAGGAUCGCACUUGCGAUGUGGCAUUGAUGCCGGAUGGACGCAUCGUAUUCCUCAUAGAGCUGUCGCCGGACUCCAAAGAAGGGUCUAACCCUUAUAAGCGGUUUGUGCAUGUAUUCUAAAUUAGUUUAUAAAGCAAAACAAACACAAAAAACAAAACACAAAAGGCCAGAUCAAAGAGACAGACGAAGAUGACGACGACGUUUUUUUAGACCAUUUACAAGCGCUAAAAUGUUUAGCAUAAAAAAAUGAAUCCAAAACAAAAAACAAAAACAGAAACGAAACAAAACAAAAGCAAAAGAAACAAAAAAAAAAAACAAAAUACGGCAUUAAAAUUAGUGAAAAUUUUUAGCAUAAGUGCUACAACGAUUACCUCGAUAAUGCUUAAGAGUUAUUAAACACGGUUACGAUUUGGUAAUUUACAUAAAUUAUACAUACAUACGAUAUGUAUAUAGAUGCAUAGAUAUACAUGUAUUUAGCGAAUAUACAAGAUGCAACAAGCAACCAACCAACCAACUAGAGAACUUAACAAAAAACAAAACAAAAAGUAAACAAAAGCAAAAUACCAACAACAGACAACGCGUUCAGUAGAUUUUUAGGCUAGAGAUCCUAGAAAAAAAAAAGAAAAGGAAAUGAGGAAAAACUAGAGAAAAAAAAACAAAACAAAACACUUUAUAUACAAGAAAACGAAAAAAGAAAAAAGGGAAGGAAACAAAACAGACACACACACACACACACAAAGUAUGUACUAGAUGAAAAUAUUAUUACCUGUUAGUUAGACUGAGAGCAGUUUGCUAGCUAAAAGUUGAAAGUGGUAGGAGAGCUACUAGAAAAAACGAUAUAUAGAGAGAGAGACAGAGGAGAACCACUAAGUUUUGUUUUAUUUGUUCUUUUUUCCUUUUGUAUAAUUGUUGGAUUGUUUUGGAUUCGAUUUCCAUUUUUGACGAGUUACUCAAUUAGAGUUUAUUUUUUUUUAACUAUAGUUACAUAUACGUAUAUAGAUAUAUAUAUUUUCCAAUUUUAAUUGUGGUAAUGUCAAAGUUGAUAUAGAUAUAUUUUUUUUUAGUAUUGUUUAUUAUGACUAAUUUCUUAUAAUUGAGACUGAGAAAGUGAGUAUGAAACUUUGUAAAAGGUAUAAAUGGUAUAAUUAAUUAAUUAAUUAAUGAAAACACAAAAGAAAACAAAACAAAACAAAAAUGAUGAUGGUAAUUAUAAAUGAAACCCGCUGACUUUUGGUUGAACUCUUUAACGAAGACUGAUUAACUAAACGGCAAUUGUGGAGCCAACUGAAACACCAUAUAUGGUGAGGCCAAAAAAAAAAUUGCAAUGACAUUGAUAAACGUAACGUAACGUAACUUAAAAUAACAUAGUUUAACAUAAACACAACAUACAUAUGUACUAUAUACUCUAUAUGUUAUUAUAUAAAGAAUAUAUGCAUAACUCAGCGCCACAUAAAACAAACAGUCACAAGAACAAUUCACAAAUCGCAAUUCACAUCAAAUUAUCAUAAUAUGGGCAUAGCUUAAACCGAGUUUAACUGACAUAUACAUACAUACAUACAUAUACAUACAUACAUAAUACAUACGUUGCAUCACAUGAGCAAGAAACAAUUGAUUUCUUUACAUUUUGUAUUAUAUUAAUUAUUAUUGUAUGAUUAUGAAUUGUAUUAUUAAUUAAUUACGUACAGGUACACAGCAAAUUAUUAGCAAAAAGUAAAAGUAAAAACAAAAAGAAAAAGAAAAACAAAACGUUAUCAUAAUUUUUGACUCGAAUGUGUUCAUUAGCAUUUAGUAGAGAGAGAGCUGAAUAAAUUCUCGAGCGUCGCGAAACAUAUGAAAAAUCCAGAGCAAUAUGCGCGUAUUGAAUACAUAUUUAGGUGACAUGUUCCUCGCAAACUAAACAAAAGUAAAAGCAAAAUAAUUAGAACAAGAACGAAGAAAAGAAUUAAAAUACAUACUUACUACAAUACAUACAAUAUACUUACUUACAUAUAUUAGCCGAAUUAACGUGUAGCGUGCGAGUGCGUGUAUCUGCGAGAUACUCGCGUAUCUACGAGAUACACGCACUGCACUGCGAAACUAACGAGAUUACCGUAGGACGUAGAACGUAGAUGCGAAAAGCGCAUACAUACGUAGAGAUACACACACACACAUACAUAAAUGUUGCAAUGCGUUUGAAAUGCGCCUAAAAUAUCGAAAUACAUUUUAAUUUAGUGUAUUUUAGCCAAAACUUAUUGUCUUCAUUUGCUUACUCUCAAAACUCUCUUCUGUGUUUGUAUCUGUAUCUGUAACUGUAUUUUUGUAUUCGUUUCCCCCCUGCAUCAACUUACUACUGACCGAUCAAACGAACGUACGAACGAACGAAAGAACAAUUGAGUUUGUGAAUCUUGACGAGAAUUGUGCAUUGAGCUAACACUCCUUCCACGUAUAAAGCAACACGCAUAAAAUGCGCAAAAAUAUGAAACUAAACACAGAUUGUAUGCAAAUUGCUCUACGAGAGUAAAUGCAGUAAACAUAUAUACAUACAUAUAUAUAUCUCAAUAUACAUAUAGAUAUAUAUAUAGAAAUCUUAAUGAAUAUAUACAACAAGUAUAUACUAAAAUGUGUAACUAGAGUUAAAUGACAAAAAAGAAAAACUGUAUCGUAACGUUUAAGAGAACAUUUUACCUUAGCCAUAUUAUAUACAACAACUAUAUUGCAUUUUAAUAUGUGUUUUUGUUUUAAAUUCCGUUUCGAAUAAUUUAGUAUUUUAUUUUUGACAACUGCCAUAAACUCAUUUACACACCCAGACACACACACACACACACUCAAACACACACACACACACACACUUAUAUACCUUAAAGCGCCGUUCAUUUUAUGUGAUUGCUGGUAGCAACCAGAUCAAAGCAUUUCCUCACAUUUUGCGAAACCAUACCAUAAAAAUAAUAAUAGUAAUAGUAAUAUUAAAUAUGCAUCUACUUAUAUACACAUACAGUACAUAUAUGUACUUAUAUAUAUUAUAUGAGAAACAUAUGAGAAAUGCCAUAUUUUACUAAUAUUUCUACAUGUGUGAGAUUUACUAAAUGAAAAACAAAACAAAAAAGCAAAUACUAAAAUCAUUACAAAUGAGCGCCGUUUUCUAAAAGCCACAGUUUUGAAAUUGUGUAAAAAAAAAAAAAAAAAAACAAAUGGUAAACCAAGAUUGAGAUUUAAGUACUACCGAAUGCCAUAAUUCAAAAUAAAAAGCAUUUAUAAACAACAUAUAUUAUAUAUGUAUAUCUAAAGAUUAUUAAAGUAUGUUAAACACUAAACAAAAAAA